AUGGACCCUUCGGUGAGAACCUUCCCCCUCGGCCCGUGGACCCCGACGCCGGGUCCCUGGCCGGGAGGAAACACCACUGGGGAGCCAGAGGAGAAGUGUGUCUUCGACGAGGAGUUCAAGUUCAUCCUGCUGCCCGUGUCCUACGGCAUCGUCUUCGUGGUGGGGCUGCCCCUCAACUCCUGGGCGCUGUGGAUGUUCACCUGCAGGAUGAGGCCCUGGAAUGCCACCACCAUCUACAUGUUCAACCUGGCUCUCUCUGACACGCUCUACGUCCUCUCCCUCCCCACCCUGGUCUACUACUACGCCGACCGCAACAACUGGCCCUUCGGGAAAGGGCUCUGCAAGCUCGUGCGCUUCCUCUUCUACGCCAACCUCUACAGCAGCAUCCUUCUCCUCACCUGCAUCAGUGUCCACCGCUACAUGGGCAUCUGCCACCCCAUCCGCUCCCUCAAGUGGGUGAAGACCAGGAAAGCCCGCAUCAUCUGCGUAGGCGCCUGGCUCGUUGUCACCAUCUGCCUCAUCCCCAACCUCGUCUUCGUCACCACCAGCUCCAAGGACAACAGCACCCUGUGCCACGACACCACCAAGCCCGAGGAGUUUGACCAUUACGUGCACUACAGCUCUUCUGUCAUGGCCCUCCUCUUCGGGGUCCCCUUCCUGGUCAUCGUCCUGUGCUACUGCCUGAUGGCCAAGAGGCUCUGCAAGGCCAGCUUCUCCAGCCCCGUGGCCCGAAUGCCCUCCUACAAGAAGCGCUCCAUCAAGAUGAUCAUCAUCGUCCUCGCCGUCUUCGCCAUCUGCUUCGUGCCCUUCCACGUCACCCGGACCAUCUACUACACCUCCCGCUACUUCCAAGCCAACUGCCAGACCCUCAACAUCAUCAACUUCAGCUACAAGAUCACUAGGCCCCUGGCCAGCAUCAACAGCUGCCUCGACCCCAUCUUGUACUUCAUGGCUGGGGACAAGUACCGGGGGCGGCUGCGCCGGGGCCCAGCCCACCGGCUCCGGCCUGUGCCCACCUACGACCUGGCCCUGGUGUCCCCCUCUACAGACAAUGUCACGGGAGGCAGCCACACUGCCAGUGACACCCGAGGGACAGGGACGGCACGGAGCAGGGGUGGCUGCUGA